AUGAGUAGCUGGUUCACCGACACUGCUUCUUUAGCUAGUCCUAUGUUGAGAGCAAGUUCUCAGGAUUCAGUGGCGGGUAGAUCUAUUCGAGUUUUCCAAGUGCUAGGUUUAUUUCGAGCAGAAUUUACGAGGACACUCCAAAAAACUUCACAAGCCCGGAACGAAUUAGUUUGUCCCAUACUAAUCGCUGUGGUAAACCCACCUGUCACUUUUCAAAUAAGGAUAUUCUGCAGAUAG